AUGGCGGAGAGCGCGGAGAAGCUGGAGAGGGCGAGUCAGCGCGAGAUUGAACUCGAGGAUCGGUGUUCGAGACAAGAGAGCGCUUUGGAGGCGAUGCGUGGGCAGAUAGAGGAGUUGAGCUCGACGUUGGAGGAUGAGAGGAAGCGAGUGCAGACCAAGACAAGUUCGCAGGCGAACGAGGUGAAACGGCUUCAAGAGGAAUUGCGGGAAGCGUUGGACUCGGCGGCGACGAUAAAAGAAGAGGCCGAUUUGACUGUAGAGUCUUUGCGCGCGGCAAUGGAAGCUCAAGUUGGCGGUGGCGACGGUAAUGAACGUAUGAAUGAAGAAAUCCAACGCUUGCGCGCGCGCGUCGAAGAAUUGAGCGCGUCGCAGGUAUCUUCGACAAGUAGCGACGAGUUCGCUCGAUUGGAGGAAAAGACGAUCGCUCUAGAGCGACUUUUAGAAGGCGAGCGCGCAUCAAAGGCAGUGUUGCGAGCGGAAAAGGAUGAAGUAGAAAGAUGCGCCGCUGCAGCGGAGGCGAGCGCGACCGCUCGCGAUGCGAAGACUGCACAACUCGACGAGCAAGUCGCGACUCUGUCACACCAAGUGGUUAACCUUGAGCAAGCUUUGCGUAAAGAACAAGAGUUACACGCAUCGUCGAAGAAAAAAGCCAUCGAUGACGUGAGAGCCGUAAGAAAUACGUCGACAGCGGCAGAAAAGGCCAUCGCGGCGGCGAACGCGGCGAUGGAUUCGGCGGAGACGCGCGCUGAACAAUCUGAACAAAUGGCUCGUGAACGUGAAGAAUCCAUCAAACAGCUCACCACGCAACUGGCUGAUGCAAAGCGCCGUGAGGACCAACUGAGGUUAGAGUUGAGCAAGUCUUCGGAUUCCGAUUCUCAACAACUAAAGGAGAAGCAACAGAGAAUUGAAGAGCUCUCGACGCGAGUCGCCGAACUGGAAACUGUUUCCAAGCAAGUCGAUGAUCUGAAGGAGGCUCUCCGUUCGGCGACCGCUGCCACGACGGCAGCCGCGCGUUCCAUCGAAGAAAGCGAAGUCGAACUGGCGCAAGAGCGUCAGCGCGCUGGGGUCGCGGAAGAGAAGUUCGCACAGGCUCGCCAAGCCGCUGAGGAAGCCUUGAAGAGCGUCCAGGAACGCGACGCACGAAUAAAAGAGUUGACACUUGAGCUUCAAUCGACAUCAGCUCAAGUAAAGGAGGCGCGGGACAACAUGCAACUGAUCUCUGCGAGCGCAUCUUCGAACGAAGAGAUUGAGAAACGCCGAGAAGUUGAGGUUCAAGCCGCGACGUCGCUGGCAAAAGCCUCCGAAUCACGCGCAGCUGGACUUGCAUCACAGCUUAAGAUUGCCGAAGACGCGCGAGAGGAAGCGGCCAAGGACGUCGAUCGCUUGAAACGUGAACUGAGUACCGCGCUAAAUUCGCUGAAGGCGAGCAAAUCAGCGGCAACACGCGCGGUUCAAGAAGCCGUGAGUGCGAGCGGUAAACGCGCGCAACAAUUGACAAAGGAGCUCGAAACGGCGAAACAAGAGCAUGCGAGCGCACGAUCCGUCGUCACUGACUUAGAGGUUGAGAACAAACGCAUCAAGAACCAAUAUGCUGAGCUUGAAAUCCUCGUCGCACAGCUCAGAGAAAGUCUCCAGACGAUUGAAAGAGAUGCCGAGACAAAGAAUCAUGACAAAUUGGACAUGGAGUACAUGCGGCGAGAAGAAGAUCUUCGUGCAGAAAUCAGCGACUUGGUUCUCGAGUUGCACGAAGUUCGCGAUGAUUCUAUGUCCAAGAUAGAAACGGCCGAACGACAAGUAUCCGCGCUGGAAUCCCAAAUCGAGGAGCUGGAGGCGGCGCUCAUUCAAAGCCGCGACGAGACUCGAACGCUUUCGCAACAAUCCAGCGCCAAGCGGUCCGACUUGACGCAGGAAACGAGUGAAUUGAGGAAAAAACUCGUUGAAGCGCAAGAAAUCGCCGCGACAGCAUCUGGGGCGACGGAGGCUGUGAAGCGCCGAUACGAAGCUCGUCUGCGCGACGCCAGCGAGUUGGCGGAGAAACAAAUCAUUUCACUCACGAAGGACCUAGAUAACGCGAAACGACUCGUCGAGCUGGCGGAGAAGGCAAAGGCGCACGCGCAACAAGAGGCUGCUCGCGCGGCUGACGAUUUGAAAGAAAAAGACGCCUUAUUCGAGGAGCAACUCGCGAACGUUCGUAUGGCUGUUAACGCCGUAAACGAUGAAAAGCUUGCAUUGAGUCAACAGGUUGAGGAGGCAAAGGCUGAAUGCGCAGCAAUUCGGAAGCAAAAGGAUGCUAUGGAGAACGAUCUCGUGGAAACUUGUUCGCUUCUCGAGAAAGUCUCUGCGAAAGCAAACGCGUCGGCAGAUGAAUAUAAGAUAACCAUCACCGAAAUGAACGCGUCAACUGAGAGUCUCAAGGAAAAGCUCGAGGCUGAAAUUUUGCUCGCCAUGGACCUCGCUGAGGAGAAGGAAAUCAUCAUACGAAAGAUGGAAACGCGACAAGACGAACUUCGCGCGCAGCUCGACGCUCUCCACGAAAAAUCAUCGGGGCGCACGCAGUGGUUGAGCAAACGAAGACGGCAGCGAAGGAUGCCGUUCGUAAAGCGAAUACCGCAGCGUCUCGCGCAGAGAAAGUCGCCCUGA